GAGAACACCCAACAUAACAAUGUCAUAAAUGACAAUUUUAUCACAGGCACAACUUCGUCUUUGGACGUACCCUUGAUAUUAUCGAUUUGCUUACCCUGUGCAACCUGAGGAAAUCAAGGAUAAUGAGUCAACGUCAUCAGAAACUACCUGAUGAAGGUGCUAAGGACGAAGAGCGUCGACAGUAUACUACAGGAGGACAAACGCUGGAAGAGCUUGAUGCGAAAUAUCCAAACCGGCCAAAGAACCACUCAAAAACAUUCUUCUUUUCAGAGUUGUUUAAGGACCUCUUUGACCCUUUACAGGAAAAUAAGCAGCAGUCUGCUCCCAAGGUUGCGCGUCGACCCAGAGGACCUCAUAGGCCUAGUAAGCUCUCUCCGCAUGAGUACAAACGUAAUGUUAUUGAACGCUUUAUAUCGAGAUGGAGGUCAGAGGUUGGAAACGAUUUCUAUCCAGCCAUGCGCUUGAUUCUACCCAGCUCGGAUCGUGACAGGGGAAUGUAUGGGCUCAAGGAGAGCAACAUCGGCCGCCUGCUCGUUAAGUUGAUGAGAAUCGAUAGAAACUCCGAAGAUGGAUACAGUCUCUUACACUGGAGAGAGCCAAUCCAGUCGGCGACCGGUCACGCUGCCGGCGACUUCUCAGGGAGAUGUUUCGACGUGCUUUCCAAGAGACCUAUGCGCAUAGAUCCAGGAGACAUGCGCAUUGCCGAUGUUAAUGAGAUGUUGGAUAAGCUAUCGGCAGCGUCGGGUGAGAACGAGCAACUUCCCAUAUUUGAGACUUUCUACCAGCGCAUGAACGCCGAAGAACUGAGAUGGCUCAUCCGCAUCAUCCUAAGGCAGAUGAGAGUGGGAGCUACGGAGAGAACCUUCAUGGAAUUAUGGCAUCCUGAUGCACUAGAUUUAUUCAGUGUGUCGUCGAGCCUCCGCCAAGUGUGUUGGGAUCUCUACGACCCCAAAUUCCGUCUCAAGGAUGGCCAAACAAACGUGACAUUGAUGCAAUGCUUCCAACCCAUGCUCUGCCACUAUCAGAUGUCCACUUCUUUCCAGAAGAUGGCCGACAAACUCAACUCAACGAACCGAGUAGAGGGUGACGAUGAGUUUUGGAUAGAAGAGAAGUUGGAUGGCGAAAGGAUGCAAUUACACAUGGAAGAAGACGACGAGACCCCGGGCGGCAAGCGAUUUCGCUUCUGGUCAAGAAAGGCCAAAGACUAUACCUAUCUAUAUGGCAAUGGCUUCAAAGACGAAAACGGCUCGCUAACCCGUCACCUUAAGGAUGCUUUUGCCCCUGGAGUCCGGAACAUUAUCCUUGAUGGUGAAAUGAUUGUGUGGGAUCCAGAACUAGACAAAGUGCUGAAAUUUGGUACUUUGAAGACAGCAGCACUUGCAGGACAGAAAAACCCCCAUGAUGACAAUGCACCUCGUCCUGUUCUUCGUGUGUUUGACAUCCUCUACUUAAACGGCCAGCCCCUUACCCAGUAUACCUUACGAGACCGCCGAAAAGCUCUCGAAAAGGCUGUUCUCGGUGUGCCGUACAGGCUAGAAAUACAUAAAUAUGAUACAGCCACGUCGGCAGAAGUGAUCGAGCCAAUGCUCCGGAAAAUCGUCUCUGACGCCUCGGAAGGGUUGGUCAUGAAGAAUCCGCGAUCCAUGUAUUCUUUAGCGGACCGGAGCGAUAACUGGAUCAAAGUCAAGCCUGAAUAUAUGAGCGGCUUCGGCGAGUCGGUAGAGGUCGUGAUCAUAGGCGGAUAUUACGGACAGGGCCAUCGUGGCGGUGCGAUUGGUUCCUUUCUCUGCGGCCUUCGUGCUUCAGAGAAUGACAUAAAAGCUGGAGCGAACCCCGAGACAUGCUUUAGUUUCCUUAAAGUUGGAGGUGGUUUCCGCGCAGAAGAUUUUGCAGAUAUUCGACGUCAUACGGAUGGAAAAUGGAAGCAAUGGGACCCGAAAAAGCCGCCCAGUAAGUAUAUUCAGCUGGCUGGUGGAGAGAGGCAUCAAUUUCUCAGGCCGGACGAAUGGAUUCGCCCGAGCGACUCUCUCGUCAUAUCCGUCAAGGGUGCUAGUGCAGGGGAGUCGGACCAGUUUGCUACGGGCAUAACUUUACGAUUUCCACGGUUCAAAGGCAUACGCUUUGACAGAAGCUGGGACUCGUGUCUUGAUUUCCAGGGAUUCAUAGACAUGAAGGCCCGCGCCGAGAAGGAAAAUGACGAGAAAGCUAUGAAUAUGGAGUCUCGCCGGAAACGGACGGCCAAGAGGGUUAAAAGGGAUAUCGUGAUCGCCGGCCAGGAUAAUAUCGCGCCGGCCUUGUUUGAGGGACCUAAAACCAAAGUAUUCGAGGGGCUAGAUUUUUGCGUCCUGACGGAUUGCACGACUCCGGUGAAGAAAUCAAAGACGCAGCUCGAGACGCUAAUCAAGGAAAACGGUGGCAAGAUAUACCAGAGAGCCGACCCGUCAAGCCACAUGAUUCUUAUUGCCGAGAAGAAAGUGGUCAAGGUGGCUAGUCUGUUGAAAGCUGGGGACAUAGACAUCAUCAAGCCGAAAUGGAUAUUAGACUGCCUCGCGCAGCGCGACAAGGACUUCCUGUUACCCUUCGAGACCGGUCACUUAUUCCAUGCCACCGAUGCCACGGCACGCCUUGCAGAAGAGAACGUGGACGAUUUCGGCGAUAGCUACGCUAGAGAUCUAAGCGUCAAAGAAUUGGGGCAAGUGCUCAAGUCGAUGCCAAAGAAGGAAAUCAUCGUCGGAGAACCUUUUAAUAAGGAGGAAUUCCUCAACCAGCUAGUAGAGCACGGACAUGACAUGGGCAAUUUAAGGAGCUAUAUUUUCAGGGGCACAAAAGUGCAUUUUUCAACGACGGACGACGUCUCUCCAAUAUCAAGUCUCAAGUUGAAGAACUGGAUCAAAUACGGAGGCGGGUCAGUGGUCGAUGAUUUGGACGAUAGGAGUAUCACACAUGUGGUUAUAAUGAGCAGCACCGACAGUGGCGAGAUGGAGCGAGCGGCAGAGGUACGCUCGUCUAUUAGUUCUCGGACACCUGUUCCCCGAGCGGUGUCAUGGCAAUGGGUUGAAGAUUGUUGGAAGAAUCGUACAACGCUAGAUGAGGAGAGGUAUGAACCAUUAUGAUGAUUCACUUUGAUGAUCCAUAUAAGUAGCAACGAAUAAAUAUCUAGUGUUGCCGGUCCAACAUAACCAUGGUUUAUUGAAUAUGUGCGUCUAUCACCAGCAUCUUCACUUCCCUAUCGUCAAGAACAGGCGAUCCCCCACAUCUCCCACGCCAGGCUUCAACAUACCGUUAGACGUCAGCUCGGCGUCGACUCCGGCAACCCAUAUCUCGACGGCCUCACUCCACUCUUCUGCAGCGCGCCGCACGCCGUCGGCGGCGGCAAUGACGGACAGGACGACGAUCUUCUUAACACCCCAUUCCUUUAGCGUCUGGAUGGCCGCCUGACAUGUCCCGCCGGUCGCGAUCACCGGGUCUACGAUGAUGGCU